GCGUGUGGGGUAAGGAAUUAAAAUAAUUUCAUACAACCCCGAGCUAAUGUGUUUAGUUUUAUAGCGAUAACGAGCCUCACACUUGGGGAGGACGUCGCCUUUUGGGUUUUGGAGCGAUUCAGCAUCAGGACGUAGAAUGUGAUUGGAAUGGGAGUCAGAGCGCCGGUUCCCUGAUAGGGUGGAUUAGAGUCUAUCAUUCUCUAAUGAUGCAGGGAGAGGACAGAAAGAAAAGGAAACAGAGUUUGAAUCCUAGAAGCGUGUCAGAGGAAUACUGUCUCAGAGAACGUCCGAAAGACGACGCGACAAAGAUGAAAAAUAAACCGCCCACUUCUGUUGCAGUUAACAGUAAGAAGAGGCCCUGGUCAUGGGAUCAGUACUUGGAAGAAGAAGGAUCCAUCGCAGCGCCUCCGGGACUCUUUACUGAGUACCAGUCAUUUCCUUACAGCAGGAACGGCUUUAAAGUGGGAAUGAGGCUAGAGGGAAUCGACCCCUUGCAUCCUUCCAUGUUCUGUGUGCUAUCUGUGGCUGAGGUGAUUGGCUACCGUCUGCGUCUGCACAUCGAUGGUUACUCGGAGUGCUAUGACUUUUGGGUGAACGCUGACUCCCCGGAUAUCCGGCCAGCCGGAUGGUGUGAAUCCACAGGUCGCAAACUACAUCCUCCAAAAGGUUAUAAGAUGAACGAGUUUAACUGGGAAAAGUACUUGGAGUCUUGCAAUGCUCAGGCUGCACCAAAGAAUCUGUUCAAAUCCCAAAACAGUACUACCCCCACCUCGAAAUUUGAAGUGGGCAUGAAACUGGAGGCAGUGGACAGGAAGAACCCCUGCCUGGUGUGUGUGGCCUCUGUGGCCGACAUCAUAGACAACCGCUUUCUGGUUCAUUUUGACAACUGGGACGACACGUACGAUUACUGGUGUGAUGCCAGUAGCCCCCAUAUCCACCCUGUGGGCUGGUGCCAGGACCACGGACGACCUCUCACAGCACCUCAGGGACACCCCAAUCCAGAACAUUUCAUAUGGGAGGAGUAUUUGGAAGACAAUGGUGCUUCUGCAGUUCCAAGCCAAGACUUUUGUAUGAGAGCCCCUCAUGGAUUUCAGAACAACAUGAAGGUAGAGGUAGUGGACAGAAGAAACCCCAUGCUGAUCCGUGUGGCCUCAAUUGUUGAUGCUGAAGACUACAGAGUGAAGGUGCACUUUGAUGGCUGGAACUCUAAGUUUGACUUUUGGGUGGACUCGGACUUGCCAGACCUUCAUCCUGUAGGCUGGUGUGCGAGGACGGGUCACCCACUGGAACCUCCACUCACAAAUGCAGGACCUUCUGACCUCAAGAGCUCCAUGACGCAGGGAGUGUGUCCAACCCCAGGCUGCAGGGGAGUGGGCCACAUCAAGGGAGCAAAAUACACAGGACACCACAGUGCCUUCGGCUGUCCCUACUCGGACAUUAACAUGAAGAAGGAGGUAGUGCUGCCUGAUCGGCUCGGUGGUGAAAAACAAAUCACCUUCGUCCCAGUGCACUUUGUGCAGAAAACCAAGAGGCUGUGUGCUGAGCAAGAGGAGGAGGAGGUGAACGACAAAGAAAGCCACGAGGAGAACAGGGAAGAGCUGUCAGGCUGUAACACAGCUCCUCGUCCUCGCGGCCGGCCCCCUAGCCAUGCCACAAUAAAGAAAGAGUACAAGGAGGAACCUUCAUCUCAGGGACAGAAGGCGUACUCGCCGCUGGGGAAGCGCAGUCGCCUGACCACCAGGAUUGCCCAGUCAACAAAAUACCUGCGCAUCAAAGAUGAGGAGGAGGAGGAGGAUCUUGAGCUAAACAGCAUGAUCCCAGAGAAAAACGUGGACAGUCUCCAGCAGGCCCUGCAUCAGUCAGUCUUCCUGUCAGCCAUGUCUUCUCAGCCUGGGCGUGACUUGCCACUGUGCUGGGAGCAGCACUGUAAGCUACUUCCUGGUGUGGCCGGGGUGCAGUCUAGCCGUGUCGCCCACUGGACAGUGGAAGAGGUUGCUGACUUCAUCCACUCUCUCCCAGGCUGUGAGGAGCAAGCCAAGCAGUUUAAAGAGGAGCAAAUCGAUGGCAAGGCAUUUCUCCUACUCACACAGCGGGACAUUGUGAAGAUCAUGAGUGUUAAGCUUGGUCCCGCUCUCAAAAUCUACAAUUCCAUCCUAAUGUUCAAGCACGCUGAAGACAGCCAAUCAGCAGGCAGCGAUACCAAUACAUGAAGCCCAGCAGAAUCUGACCCACUCCAUCCUCUUACAAGCUUAUGUGAAUCUAGAUGUGUACUGUAUCGAUGCAUUCCAACCUCCCAACUUCCAGUCCCUUUCCUAGACUUAUAGGUCUCUAUAAAAACUGUCUCUUCUGGUUUGAUUUCCUCAAACCUCUGACUUUCAGGUUCUAGUGUCUGUCCUCUGUUUGAUGACUUUCAAACCUGCCUUUAAAUGUUUCCCCAUGGCAUAAAAGUAAAAUUAAACUAAGCCAUGUUCCAGUACACUUUUUCUCUUAGGCCUUACCCAUUUCCGUCUCCUCCAGUAGCUUUUCCUGACGUAAAACGAACUGACAAUCAACCACGCAAAUAAGAAACAGCCGGCUUUGGCGACAGGGGUUUUCUUGGUGAAGGUGCUAUUUAAUACAACCCAAUAACAGCCAUUGAUAUGUAGGUUUCAGUGAUCAUGUCUAGUGAUUUCAAAACCUGGGACAGGCCCUUUGUGCUUAUUUUAGUAUCUAUUUUGUAUAGAUGAUUUCUAAUUUUCUCUUUUCCUGCUGAUUCAUGAUCUUUAUUUAUUGUGCAAAGACAAUUGUGCAAAGUUGAAGGAAAAUUAAUAUAUUGUAUAUUAUGACUUUAAAAAAAUGCCAAAAGGAUUUUUUUUUUUUUUUUUUAGAAUUUGAAAAUGUUUAUUUUUGUGAUGUAUUGCGCAUUAUCUUUAUGACUUUGAGUGGUUAUCCCAAACCUUUUGGACGAGUGUUCAAAUUAAUCUAAAUUGCCAUUGAGUUUUAAUUUAAAGUAGAUAAAAUACUUUGAGUGUUAUUUCUGUACUAAGUGCGUUCAUGCUCUCAUUAAAACAAGUAAGCUUGCUAGGCUUAUAAGCUUUAAUUCUAGGUCACUUCUGCUUAUGAGACUACUUCCUCAAGCCUUUUAUAAUCUUGUAUGAAAUAUCAAAUCAGGGACAUUUUCUGAUAACUAAACGCCUCUUCUAUUGCACACCCCAAAAAACAACUCACUAUACAGUUCACUAUACAUUUCUGAAGAGAGUGGAAAUUAAAGUAAUGAAUUGCAUCUUGCCGAGUUCAGUUCAGAUCGGUUUUCUGUUUUUUUCAUACUUUCAUGUCUUCUUCUACUUACUCUGGUCCAGCUAAGCUGCAGACACCAGGUAUUUUGUUCCUAUACAAUAUUUUCUUAAGACUGCUGUUGACUGGUGCAACGCUACAGUAAGCUGGUUCCACCUCCAGCCUCCAUUAACCAACUUUGAAAUGUACUGUAAAUAUUUCUUAAUGGCAUUUCUUACAAGGACUUUCCUCUUUCUACAGCAAAAUACAUUCACAAGCGCACAACCCAAAUAAAUGACCAAUUUCCUCUU